AUGGCUCAGUUUGUGAAGCGAAGCCGCGUGGCCAGCGCGAAGUAUGAGUUCUGGCCAUCUGAUCUGCAACGCGCGGGUCACACCUCUGUGGAGGUGGAGUCAGAUUCCGACUUGGGAAAGCAUUUGGAGAAGAUUGGCAAGCAUGAGGUCUAUGGGGUUCACAUGGCUCGCAUGCAGAAGCUACCGUGCAAGUUGAUCCCUAGCAGCAAGUUUCGGAACGGAGCAGAACGUUGGUGGUGCCCCAUACACCAGGGUGCCUAUGGCAAGAAGGCACAAGUCGUCAAAGCAGAGAAGACCAAAGUCAGGUGCUGUGAUCAGAGCGAAGCCCUGGUGGACUUCGUGCGUUCUUCCGACAUCAUGGACUUGAACUUGGUGAAACCCGGUGACGUCAAAGGAGACUCGGACUAUUGUGAGCUUGGCAUUUGGAUUGGCCUAGCCCCUGCUAUUGACACCUACAACGAGAAGGCCAAGUACUUCUAUGCCGGCAUCCACGUCCACGCGCGGAAGGAGAUCGGAGGCCGCAAGGUCAUCGACAAGAACUUCCCAGCUGUUCGCAUCAAGGAUCAAACGGGCCGGUUCCCCAAUAUCCCAAAAGCAGGGAUCGUGCUAACCACUCCGGCAGCCUUGGAGUACCUGUACUACAUGGAGCACCACUGCCCCGUGAACAACGACUUGGGUGUGCAAUCGCUUGAAUCCCAAGGUGUACCGCGGUCAUCGGUGGAUCUCACAGCCGUUGUAAGAUGCAAGCAUUGUGAGGCUUUGCAUGAGGACAUUGGGGAUUUCUUCGGUGAGAACUACCACAAGAAGCAUCUUUGUGGCAGUUGUGGCCGGGACAUCUUCGGCAAAGCUAGCAUUGGCAAUCCGCUUCAGCUCUUUCAGCGGCCCUGGCGCCGGGAGAUCGUCGGGGGGAAGAUUGACCCGCAGAACAGGGAGAUUCACAUCAAGUCCUCGGAGCACCGACUCAUGUGUUGGCCAUCAACUCCUGCGCUCUUCUGGAGCCGCGAUGCUCCGGAGAUUUGGGGCAUCCACGUGCACGGCUUCAAUGCUGAGAAUGAGCGCGUCAUUGACGACACCUAUGGCGCAGUCUACGUGGAUGGCAAGAAGCUGGAUCGCGCCCAGCUCUUCGAAGAUAUGCUCAACAACAGCUUCUGGAUGGUGGAGGAAGCUGAAAUGGCAGCAGAGGCAGAGGAGUUGGAAGACGACUGA